AUGUCAGAGAGCAUCGUCAGGAAGGUCCAACCCUUCACCAUCAGAACCAGGCUGUCCGUCUCUGGACCUGCCACCAGGUCUAAAGGUCCAGACUUCCCCCAGCAGAGCGGGACUCUGGGUAAUAUCACCCUGCAGACCAACCUCCACGACCGGGUCUCCCUCUACCUCAGCCAGGUGCAGGUGUGUAUGACUGCUCCUCAUCUAGUUCCCCUCGCUAACCGGACCACCCCAACAUCUGUACCUGUCAAACAGCAGCAUGAGGACCACCGGAACCAGAAGGCCAUGUCUGAGUCUCCCAACUCCCAUCGGAGCGCUGUCUCUCCUGUCUCCGUCUCUCCUACCACCGCAUCCAGAUCCAUCAGGAAGAUCACCAUCUCUGGGAGUCCAGAGGAGGAGGACAGCUCCUGGAGGAGACAGGAGGAGUCAGACCACAGGGUGGUCAUUGAGAAGGAGGACAGCUCCUGGAGGAGACAGGAAGAGUCAGACCACAGGGUGGUCAUUGAGAAGGAGGACAGCUCCUGGAGGAGACAGGAAGAGUCAGACCACAGGGUGGUCAUUGAGAAGGAGGACAGCUCCUGGAGGAGACAGGAAGAGUCAGACCACAGGGUGGUCAGUAUAGGACCAGGACGACCCCCUAUCACAGGGACCCCCGGAUCAGAAAACAUCAUCAUCAACAACAACAACAACAACAACAACAUCAGCAGCUCCAAGCCACAGAUGCCCCGGAUACUGGGAGUCACCUGUGAGAACAAAGCCAGCUCACAUUUUAAGGUAGGAUACUUCUCUUUUAAUGUUACACAACAUCAAUGCUUUUGACUAGAUGUUUAAUGUGGUUGUGUCAUCAGAUUGCAGAAUAG